AUGGAAGAAAAAUGCGAAGCAAAAAAUGAGGCAAAAGGCGAAGUAGAAAGUGAGGGAAAAAACCUAUCUAAAAUUGAAAAUUACAAAAUAAACAACGCAAGGUAUGAAGAUAUGUUAAAGGAUAAACAAAGCGAAAAUGAAACAAGUGAUAACAUUUUAAUACAGGAAAAUUAUAAGCGCGCCGAAACGGAAAAUCAAAAAAGUGACAGUCCUGAAAUGAAAUUUGACAAACGGGAAUAUAUAAAUGAUGACCUCUGCAGCCAACUUAGCGAACAGGAUGUAACGCAAAGUGUAAACAAAGGAGAAGAAAAAAUGGACAGUUUGCCACAAAAUGAAAAAAAAUCCGAACCUUCAUCUGAAAAGGAAAGACAAAUGAGUCAACCCAAAGGUGAUGAGACAAAUAUGAAAAGGGAAAACUUCCCAAUGUGUGCACCGAAUAAAGAUGGGACAAGCGUAAUAAGGGAAAAAAAUGAAUGCGAAACGCGUCACACCGAUAAGGAGACCAAUCUGAAAGAUUACUACAAAGACUUGCCAACCGUUAUAAUCGUAAUCGGUAUGGCUGGAAGUGGGAAGACGACCUACGUCGGGUCAUUAUAUAACUAUCUAAAAGUAGAAAAAAAAAAAAAAGUAUACACAAUGAACUUGGACCCAGCUGUUAAGUACCUACAAUAUCCAGUAAACAUAGAUAUACGAGAUAGCAUAAAAUAUCACGAAAUAAUGAAAGAGUAUAAACUAGGACCAAAUGGCGCAAUCAUGACAUGUUUAAAUUUAUUUGCCACAAGAUUUGACAAAGUUAUUGAAAUUUUGGAAAAGAGGAAAAAUAAAUUACACUAUAUAAUUGUUGACACACCGGGGCAAAUUGAAGUAUUUAACUGGUCAGCAAGUGGAAAUAUUAUUUUAGAAACCCUAUCAGUUAGCUUCCCCGUGGUUAUUAAUUAUAUUAUUGACACGGUUAGAUGUGAACGGCCCAUCACCUUCAUGUCCAAUAUGCUUUAUGCGUGCAGUGUUCUGUACAAAGCUAGACUUCCCUUUCUGGCUUGCUUCAACAAAGUGGAUAUUAUAAAACAUGACAAGUGCAUCGAGUGGAUGAAAGAUUAUGACAGUUUCAAUGAGGAUGUUAUACAUGACGAGAGCUACAUGGCUAGCUUUAGUAGAUCAUGCGCCCUCAUGAUAAAUGAAUUUUACGAAGGCAUAAAAACUGUAGGCAUUUCUUCCAAAACGAAUGAAGGGUUUAAUAGUAUACUAAAAAAUUUACAACUCUUGAAGGAAGAAUAUAUUAACGAAUAUGUAACUUCCAUUGAAAAACAAAUGAAAAGAAUUAAAAGAAAAAAGGAAAAAGAUAUCAAAUUGAAAAUGGAAAAUUUGCUAAUCGAGAAGCAAAAAGAUCUCUCCAGUGAGAAAAAUAAAAAUGUAAACUAA